GCAAUUGCCGCGUGCCCCCAAAUACACUCCUCCUCGCUUGCGCCCCGCACGUCGCACAAAACCCCGCAUCACACCGCUCACGCCCACAACGGCCUGAAAGGCCGCGGAAGCCUCAACAAUGGCUACCCGACGGUACACGCGCGAAGAGCUGCUCACCCUGCGCUCUUCGCCGCUCGUGCACAAGCCCGAGGACUUGCCGGCGAUCGAGCAGUGGAUAGAGUAUGUCUACGUCUACACCGGCGAUUCGAGGGAGAAGCUAAGGAUCCCGCACAGUGAAUCGCUGCAACAACAACAACAGACGUCCACGAGUACGAAGAGGCAGCCGUUGGCUAAGACUGCUGCGACUGGAGGGGAUGCUUCGCCUAUGGGCAGCUUUAGUACGGGUGUCCGACCGGGAUUGGUUAGCAGGACUACGGGGAGCAAGAGUGGUGAGGACAUAUCGCUGGGACCGCCUAAGACUAUGUUUCCCUCGAGCAGAAACACACCUCGUCCCUCGGAUGCUGGCUUGACUAGCGCGAAUCAGACCGCCACUGGUGAUGAACAAGAUGGAGCUAGGAAUCGAUUCCUUGGAGAGCGCACUAACCGCAGAAGUGUGGUUGAAAGAGAGGGGAGAGAUACUCGCGACGCCUGGACAAUCGUUCGAGAGAAAAGAGCUUUUGGUGGUAACGAUGACGAACACAGACAAGACAACAGGAAUCAGCGACGAGACCGAGAUCAAGAUGGUGAGCGCAGGAAUGGGCAUGGUGAGAGGCAGGAGGGCCGCUGGGGUGAGAGGCGGCAGAACGGAGACAGACAGGGCGGGUGGCGAGACCGCCAGGGUGGCGACCGCGACAGAAGAGACAGAGACUGGGAGCGAGCGGCUGGUACAGAGAAAGCGCCGGAGUGGAUGGAUGACCCCGCUCCACCAGGCGGAGACGACGAUCUAUCAUCAAUGGGCAUGCCGCGCAACCAAGAGCAGUUCCAGAAAUGGAAGGAAGCUAUGAGUGGGAAGAAGGCGACGGCGGAAACUCCUGAACCAGCUGCGAGAGCUGUGACUCCACCGCCCAAGGAAGUCGAGCCGACCAAUCCCAUGACAACACUCAAACUCGAGGGAGUGGCCGACAAGCCAUUCGGGAGCUGGGGUGAAGGGAAGUCAUCACAGGACAGUUCAUCCAAGCCUUCUGCUAUGAAGGGAAAACCCAGCCGGUUCGCGUCGAUGUUCAAAGUGGCGUCACCGAAGGACGACGAAACGUUUGCAGAUCCACCACCACCUGCAACUGCACCGCCAAUCAAUUCUGCAGAAGACGCGGCGGGGUUCCAACGCAUUCUGCAGAUGCUUGGUGGGACGGGUAUUGCGCAAGCGCCUGCGCCAGAGACGCCGUCCUCGCCUCCUGGCCGAAGUACUUCCGGUGGCUCGAAGCAGAGGAGCCGAUUCACUGGCUUCUUCGAUCAGACGCCUAAGAGUCCAGAGAGGAUGCAAUCUCCGCCGGAAGAAGUCUUCCACCGGAAUCAAGUUGAAAUGCUUCGUGACAGCCGCAACAGCGUCGAGGACAGUCGCAAUAUGUUUGUUGCUACACUCCCAGACAGUCGAAAUGACGAGCGCGUAAGGAGGGAUCAAGUGCCUAGCAAUGCGAUCUCCCCUGAGCCGCCAAUGAAUGGAUCGCGAGAGCAUGGCCAUUCAGGGCGCAUGAACGACAUCUUCCUGGACGGACAGCAGAAGCCUCCUUCACGUGGACCAGCCACUCCAGACAUCAACAUUCAGAACUUGCUUGCGGCACAGCGUGCUCAGAAGUCUCAGGCACAAGACAAGAACAGCCAAUUUUUACUCAACCUACUGCAGGAGAAGGGCUCGCACUCCGCAUCGCACCAAGCACAGCAGCAGCAAGCGCAACAGGCACGGCAGGAUGGCUUUCCCCUCUGGCUCGACCAACCUCCCAACGUACCACAAGAACCGCAUGCGCCGAAGCCGCGCGGUGCGCCUCCGCCACCGGGAUUUAUUGACGAGCAAUUGCUUCGCAGUGGGCACGGAGAUCGCUCACGACAGGAGCAGCCGGCGAUGCCCGAACAGCGCUCGUCUCAGCGCGCACCACCGGGCUUCUACGAUGAACAGGCACUGUACUUCCAGCAGCAACAGCAGCAGCAGCAGCAGCGUCGCAACUUUGCCGAGCAACCCCAGCAACAUCCCCAACAGCAAGGUCCCGGAGGUCCAGGGCACACACGCAGAAUGAGCGGCCACCCCAUGCCGCCGCAAAUGCACAUGCCUCCCAUGCACCAAUUCCCUCCUCAAGGCCCACCGCCGGACUUCUUGCAGUCGCCUCAAGGCCCGCCUGGGCCAGGUGGCCAACCUCCGCCCCCAGGCUUCAAUCCUCAGUUCGCUCGCCACCCACCCGGCUUCCACGGGCCUCCAGGCAUGUUUCAGCAGCCUCCUCCACCGCAACCUCCGCCCCAGCAGCGGGGCGACUUUCCAGGUGGAAUGGUCUCGCCUCCGCCCAAUGUGCCUCCGGGUUUCUACGCUGGGCCGCCGGGCAUGCAUCACCCGCCGCCUCCGCCUGGCUUCAUGGGUAUGAGGAAUCCGAAUGAGGGUGUGCCUAGCAGGGGCUAUGAGGGACACGAUGGCGGAAUGGGGCCAAGACGCUAGUAUCGAUGGUGGUAGCAGUGCGUGGCUUUUGAGGAGGAAGUGU